GUUUAUUCCUCCUUGAAUCAUUCGUCGAGGGAAUCAUGGGGCUGCCAUGCGACAUUCGAUUCGUUCCGCCUGGAGUCGAUUUGCUGGCAAAGGCCGCAAAAUAAUCCUUGCCGAUCACUGUCUUCGAAGAUUGACGCGCGUGAAGCGAUGCACGCUAAGAGCUGCUUCAGCUUCAGGGACAGCUGUGCUUGAACGCAGUGCUCCCACACUGUCCAGGCUAGCUCAAGCGCGACAUCUACCCCUCAUGCACUCAAUUCAUACGGAAUAUGAGCCAUAUGUUGAGCAUGGCCACCGUUCCACCCGUGAGGAAUAUUGCUCUAGUCGUACGAUCCCCGGCAAGCUGGAAAAGGGAGCAAGCUAGACACUGGGACCAACCAAGCAAACCAUGCAGGGCGUGGCACAACAUACACCCACCAUCCGACAACGUGGGCUGAAUUCGUCGAGCAUCGUGGCACACCAACAGCCCAGCCAGGCGAAUUGGAAGAUUGCCUGAGACUAUGAGAGACCGCCUGCAUCCUCACGGCAAUCUUGCAGCUUCAUGCGCCAGUCCUGGCCUGUCAUCCCGGCUUGGGAAUCUCCAAAUUGCAGGGUGUCUCUCUGCUCUGCCGUCUCUCGCCUGAUCAGCACAAGGGCUAAGGUCGGCUGGUCGUUUGCCAAGGCGAACGAGGCUUCUCCUGCAAAGCUUUAGGGCUUGAGCUUGCCGUGUCUACCUAUCAAGAAUCCUCGCCAGGCUAUAUGGGAGCUGGAAAAUCCCCAUGUUUCCAGUAAGCGGGGUCUCCCAGCUCUCUAGCAUGGCUGGUAUGGCUUGUAUGGCAUAACUGUUUGGAGAACUGGGGUAGGCCAAGGCGUGGGGAGCAAGAUGCCAAGGACGGCAGAUGGUCUUUUUGACUCCAUGUUUGCGAGACCACCGUGCUGAAAGCGGAAUCAGAUGCGUCCUGUCUCCAAGCCCGAGGCAUUCAGAUGGUCGAAUGCACACAGUUACGCGAGAAACAUGGAGUCGAGGGCGGAAUCAGCUGCAGUACAGCCCCACUCUCAGCCAUUGCUUGGAGGUGUAUAAAAGCGCUAUGCAUGCCCACAGCGAGCGAGGUAGAGUGCCCUCGCAAAGACUACCAGCAGGCCUUUCAUUGCUUUUCCCUAUCAAUUUCCUGCCUCCCGAUUCCACCUCCACCAUGGAUCCACUUGAAGCCGAAGGCAAUGUCAACAUCACGGCUAAGGAGCAAAUCGAGACUAUUCACACCGAGCAACUCGUCGACGAAGCUCAUAAACAUGAGACUCCCGCUUUGUCAAAAGCACAGAUCCGUCGCUUCAUGGUCAGACUCGACCUCCAUGUGCUACCCAUCCUUGGGAUCAUGUAUGCUGUCUCCAUCAUUGACCGCAUCAACAUUGGCAGCGCCAAAGUACUUGGCAUGGCCGAUGAUUUGGAUCUCGGCAAAGGGACACGAUACUCGAUCAUCCUCAUGCUAUUUUUCCCUGGCUACGUUCUAUCAGAUGUCCCUUCCAAUUGGAUCCUGACCAAGGUUCAGCCUCGCAUCUGGCUGUCCUUCCUGACAGUCGCAUGGGGUGCUGUGCUUUGCGGCAUGGGCUUUGUCCACAACUGGCAAGUCAUGGUGUUCCUACGAUUUCUGCUGGGUCUAUUCGAAGGUGGUGUUCUUCCCGGUAUCACCUUCACCAUUGCAUGCUGGUAUACUCGCCAUGAGCUGCACAAAAGAAUCUCGUUUGCGUACGGUGUCGGGGUUGUUGCUUCCGCCCUGGCAGGCAUCCUCUCUUAUGGUCUUGGACAACUGGACGGCACCAGGGGUAUGAGGGGCUGGAGAUGGAUCUUCUCCAUUGAAGGAGGGGCAUCUAUGGCUUUUGGCCUCCUCGCCUUCUUGUUCGUCCCGAAAUUCCCGGAUCGAACGAAGUGGAUCAAGCCAGACCAGAGGGUAUACCUCUAUUCCAAGCUCGAGAAAGACCGUGGAGAAUACAAGACUGGCGAAGUCGACAUGUCUUCGUUUCUCAAGACUUCAAAAGAUUGGACUCUCUGGGUUCAAGGCUCGAUCUAUUGCUUCAAUGUCGGCACUGCAAAUGCUAUUGGAUUCUUUACGCCAACAAUCAUUUCCGGUCUCGGCUACUCUGGCCUCGAUGCAAGCCUGCGUUCGGGGUAUCCGUUCUUCGCAGCUCUCGGUCUGCUCGGAAUCACCUCCUAUCUUUCUGACAAGUACCAAAGACGAGCGUCAAUUUGCAUCUUCAACUCGAUUGUCAUGAUUGUCGGUUUCUCAAUCAUGCGUCAGGGCUUCUCCAACCAUGUCCGGUAUUUUGGCAUCUUCUUGGCCACAAUGGGUGUGCAUUCGAACACACCAGCCCUGCUGGCCUUCAACCAGUCCAACGUCAUUGACUCUGCAGCUCGGGCUGUGAGUGCUGGUAUCCUGAUCGCAUGCGGCGCCAUUGGUGGUAUCAUUGGAAGCUUGAUCUUCCGUGGCCAGGAUGCACCAACGUACGGGCCGGGCAUUUAUACGACUAUCGGUCUCACAGUUUAUAUGAUCUUCGGUCUGGCCUUCAUGGUUUGGACGUACCACAAGAGGAAUAAGCAAGCUGAUCGCGACGGUACCGACCUCGAAGGGGUGCCGGGCUUUAGGUAUGCGCUUUGAGCCCAUAUAGCCGGGUUCAUUGUUCGACCGUGCUUGCAUGAUCUGAUUGGUGUUGAUGAUGAUACGAAGAGAGUCAUUGAUUAUGGUUUGGGUGCAGUGCAGUUACCUCUUUCAAUGACAGUGUGAUAAGUGCAAUGUGUACCUGCUCAAAGACUUGUGCUAUACCGAAAUCGAAAGUACGAGUACUUCCAGAGACUUUGUAUCACUUCCUUCCCGACAGUCCCCAUUGUCCUUCGACUCGUCGUUCCUGCCCGGAAGACAUACAUGUCGUGGCGCCUUUCCGGGAGUCUUUGUGUCUUCUCACCAAUCAGCCUCUGCCACAACCCCGGCACCACUGCAAGCGAAUUGUGCAAC